AUGAAAUCUACUUCUUUUAUGAAAAAAAUUUUUAUCUUUAAUGUAAUCAUUUCUCUUUUGAAUAAAUAUGUAAAAAGGGAACCCCGUGAUAUUUCCUUUUUUAUAUAUUCGUUAAAAAUAAAAGGUUUUCAUAAUGAGGAUUUGAACAACGGCGAUGAAUACACUGGAGACACGGGUGGUGGUGGCCGUGAGGGAGGAGAAAACGUGAACGGAUCUGUUACAAACGUUGCAGGAGAUAGCAGGAGUAGAACUAGCGUCAGCAGUAGCGCUAGUUCUGUUGAAAGCAACAUCCCUAUGAUUAGCAGUGCCAGCAAAAUAAUGAGCAUAAGCCAACUAAAUGCUACGAUCGCCAACUUUUUCUCGAACGCUCUGGCGGAGGCAAUUAGAAACAAACAGGAUAAAGGAAAAAAUCAAGAUAACCAGAAAAAGAAAGAUGAAGAGGUGGAAAAUAGAAGAAUACCGAUAAUACAUACUUCCAUCGAUGAUAUUAAGAAAUUUUCGCAUGUGAAGGGGAAAUUGAAAUUGAUCUACGUAAGAUCAUUCUACGAUAAUGGUGGUCGUGAUGAUAACAUGAAUCUCAAAGAGUUAUAUGAGGCAAAGUUCCAAUUUUAUAAAGACAAAGUUAUUUAUGUUACAACCUUUGCUUUGGUAAAAAAUUCUCUAAGCGAUAAUAUUAACCAAACAGAAAAAUGGUUCAAUGCCUCGAUGAAGCUUUUACAAAAAAAUUAUUAUAAUAUAUCCCUAAGAUGUAAUCCCAUAAUGGAAACAUCAUAUGGAACCAUUUCAUUUAGCGCAGAUGAACUCAAGCGAUUUGAAGCAUUAAGAAAGGCUCUGAAAAAAAAAGUAAACAUAACACAUGAUAAUCUUUUUUACAACUUGGAUAUAUUUCAGAGUGCCCACAGGAAAUACCUCCAGGAGAUCAAUUACAAUUCUCUGCAUCCCAAUUUUAUGAACAGCCUAGACGCAGAGGUUGGUCAUUCAGGUGUUAUGGAUUCUUCCAAUCUAGAGGAUGAUCUUCUCAGCACAUUAAGCCCUUUCGAUAGAAUGAAAUAUGUAUCCCACCGGAGAAUCAAGGAUAGUCAUAAGAUAAUGUGUAGCCUUGAGAAAGACUUUAAGAAGGUAGAAGACCGAUUCAUGGUGUACAAUUUGAUACAAGACAACAUAAUCGUAUCGGAAGAGACUACAGACAUUAUCAUUUUUGAGACGAGCAACAAUGGAAUAUUCACCUACGACGCUAAAUAUUCCAAUGAGAUAAAUCUGAUAAGUAAUAACUUUGAAAUAGAAAUUAUGAUGGACAGUAAUGCAUUCAUAAACGAACACGAUAAAUACUUCUACUUAAAUAACUAUGAUUCUGUACAAUUGGAGCUCCAGAAUAAGGGCAUAAUAAAAUAUGAUUUUAUUUACUCUUGGUUAUCUACUUACUUUAUCGAUAGCCAUAAGUAUAAAUUUUUUUAUCCCUCUUUUUAUGUGUCCAAACAGUACGACAAAUUUGAUAACGGGUUAUAUGGGAUCAAUUUCUACACACCCCCAUAUGAUAGUUUCUCCGAGGGGGUAGGAAGUAGUUAUACGCACUUGGAUCGUGGGAAGAGAGAGGCAGAUAGUGACGUGCCAUACGAGGGGGUAAGACAGGGGGAACCGGAUAGGAGCAUUCGUAACGAUAAACGUUUUUCCUUUUUUGAGCUAAAGACAACUUUACAUAAUGAGAACGUUGGAAAGGGGAGUUCUGGGAGCACCUUAGGAAAUGAUAGCAACAACGGGAUAGAAGGCGGAAGUAAUCAAGACAAUUUCAACUACGGUUCUGAAUUGAAUCCGAACCAUUUUGGAAGUGAAGAUCCUGAAAGAGAAGGAAGGGAGGUCGAAAAUUCUCAUGACCCUUCACAUGCCCCUUUAUACCCUUCUGGUAAUAAAGAAAAUGAUAACAAUAUGGAUUCUAACAUGAAUGCCCAGAUAGACAAAAGAGAAAAUAACGUGCCACAUAAAAAUGUUAAGGUGAAAGAUGCAAAGACCAAAAAAAGUACUAAGAAUGAAUCAAACACAAGUGACACUGGUAUCUCCUAUCUUGACAGUGUCUUUGGAUACGUGAGAAAAGUGAAAAAUAUCAUUUAUGGUGAUGAAGAAGAUGAUUCUACCAGCGACAGUUCUAAGAAAACUUCUGAUAAGCAUGAAAAAUCGAAGAUGCUGCAACAAGGUAAGAACACAAAUUGGAAUUCCAUAUUUUCUAGCUUCACACCGGAUGACGAAAUUGUACCUUCAAAUGAAACAUACGACGAGGACACUCAGAAAACGGAGGCUACGAACAUAUCGAAGGAAGACCUCCGGCCAGUGGAGGAUCAGGCCAUAGAAGAAUUUUCCCCCAUGGAGGAACCGAAUAAAGAUUCUGAAGAGCCAGCCAACGAUCAGCCAAUAUCCCCCCUUCCAACAGAGAACCUCGAAAAUGAUCAAUCGAAGGUGAAAGACGCAUCUGUGGAGGAGGUACUCAAUGUAACAGAAGGGCAAUCAACCAUGCCGGAAUAUGCGUCCACACCAGAAGAGCAUCCUACUACAGCAUAUCCUUUCUUUCUGGUACAGGAAUCCCUUCCGGCGCAGCCAGAGGAAUCGGCCCCGCAAAGCGCCUUUGACAUAAGAAAUGACGAAGACAUUGAGGAACAGUUGGAAAGAAAAUCGAAUGAGCAUUUCGAGCAAGACCCCGAAGAAUCAAAUGAAGAAAAAUACGAAAAAAAUGAGGAGGAGUAUUUUGAAAAAAAAACGGAAAAGAAUUUUGAGAAAGAGGCAGAAGAAUCCUUUGAAAGAAAAGUGGAAAACCAAGUGCAGGAGAUAGUACCAUACAAAAUUUAUAAGCACCCUUCUGACAAGAAAAUAGAAGAUAUGAGUAAAUUGUAUGAAGAACACAAAUACGAUUCGUUAAUCCCAUUUCUGUAUAAAAUAUUUCAUAAUAAGACACUCCUAUCGGAUUCGUUUCUCAACAGUGACCAUAACGAGAAGGAUGGUUCUGAUAAAUCCUCUGUAGAACGAAACUCAAGUGAUGAUUCUAACGAAGAUUCUAAUGAAGAUUCUUCUCCUUCACAACAUGGAUUUCCCAACUUAUCGGAAGGCAGAAAAGCAUUCACACGAAGAUACAGCGACACUGAUAACAUAAUUGUAGGAGAAAAUGUUGAUGAAAAUUUAAAAGACAAGAUUUAUGAACAGGAUGGAAAUUUUACAAAAUAUGAAGACAUAAUAGGAAGGCAUCCAAGUAGAAUAAUUGUGGGAUUACUCCAAGAGGGGAAACAAAACAUGUUUAUUCUGGAUUGGCUAUCUGGGGAUAACAUUCUAUGCGCCCUUAAAUCCACAGCGUACAAAGAGUUACAUUAUAAUAUGGUACGAAAAAACUAUUUCAAAAUUUUGAAUAAAUUUAAAUUUGGAAGAGAUAAGGAAUUGGCCAUUCUGUCUAGUGAUACAAAUGGGGUAACCAUGAGUGCAGAUUUCUUUCCUCAUUUUUCGGCCAUAAAAUUUUUUUUUAAUGACAAAAGUAAUAACAACAUCGAUAACGAACUUAAAUCAUACUUGUUGAUUAUCCACUAUUUGCUAAAUUCAUAUAACAGUCCUUGCAAGAAUUAUAAAAAUGUAAAAUAUUUUUACAGUGGUGAUACUUUUAAUGUUAGUCACUUAAACUUCAUCAGUGACAAACUACUCUCGCUACUCUCCGAAUGCGCCAUGGAAAUUAUGAAUUGGGAUAUCCCCACAGGGAUGAUAAGAAAAAAUGAAAAUGAAAUAAAUAGGACUAUUUUCAAUAGAGCUUUAAAAAAUGUGAGCAGAAGUAUAUAUCACUAUGCGUUAAAAUAUAGAAUGAUAAGAGGAAAGGAUGCAGUUCAAUUUGUCAUGAGUAAUUAUAACAUGCUGGAAGACAAUUACAACGUUAAGUAUAAUUUUUUCCUUAACAUAACGUCUAGAUUGUUCUAUUUCCAUGCUUUAGGUCUGGUCCAUGGAAACAUCAAGGCAGAUAGCUUCUUUAUCCAGGAGAACGAAGAGGAUGAUAAGCAUGUGAACGUUCUUCUAAGGACUUUUAAGGACACUGUGGAAGAGGGUGGUUAUGGAAAUUUCAAAGGAAGUGCAAUUUACGCAGCUCCGGAAAAAUUAGAAUCGUAUUUCAAUACUAUCAGGUAUAAUUUAAAAAGUGACGCUUUUUCGCUGGGAUUGAGUUUAGGUACUAUAUUUACAAAAAAAAAAUUUGUCCUACAAAAGGUAGAAAGGAAGUUAACCUAUCCCGUGGAUAAAUACAUUCUGAGUCUGAUCAGAAGAAACCCCAUGGUUUUACUAUGGAUAAAAUCCCUUAAUCCAUUUUUACGGAAAAGACUAAAUAUAUUUAAAUUUAGAUCCUACUUGAAAGUUAGCGUGCAAGAAAUGAAGAGGAGGAUGUCCGAAAAAAGUGUCUACAAAUGGUUUGAGGACAAAUUCCAAUUUAUUAAUUACGAGGAGGAAGAUAAGUUGCAUGCUCUUUUUACAAAAGCCGAAGGGAUAAAUUUAUCCGGAUUCAGCAACAACUCGUCCAAAAUGAAAACCGGAGAACAGUACAAGGGUUUGGACUCCUGUUUUUUUCGUUACACUCAUGCAUCGAACACAGAAAAGGAAGACGACACGCAUUCCCCAAAGGGAUCCUACUCCUUUCAUACGUUCAUGGGAGAAUCUUCAUCCAGUGACAAUAAGGAAGGUGUUUCUUUUUAUCAAUUUCCCGUGGGGGCAAAUCGUAGAGGUGCGUCUAAACGAGGAAGAAAACAUAACGAUGGUGAAAAUGAUGGUGAGAACGAUGGUAAGAACGAUAGUAGCAGCGGUGGUAAGAGCGAUAGUAGCAGUGAUGGUAAGAACGAUAGUAGCAGCGAUGGUAAGAGCGAUAGUAGCAGCGGUGGUAAGAGCGAUAGUAGCAGCGGUGGUAAGAGCGAUAGUAGCAGCGAUGGUAGCGGAAAGUGUAAUGGCGAUGGUAAAACCGUCCAAAGGAAGAAAUCCUACUUUUCAAGCAUUUCCAAACACGAAUAUGAGGAAAGUUCAGGAGAAACGAAUAGGAAGUUCCGUAAAUGGAAAAAAGGUGAUAAGGAAAAUAUUUACAAAAUACCAUUCGGUAAAUAUUUCGAACACCAAGUGGAUUACUCCUCCUUAGAUGCAUACAAUAGGAAGAAUUAUAUGAACGCAUGUUACCAUUUUAAAAACGGAGUUGUGGGGACUGCCAUGAAGACCCUAUCUAUUGAACAUGAACCUUAUAGGUUGAACCUAUUUGACAUGUAUCUACUUAACAAGGAAAAGUUAACCUAUUUGGUCGACAAAGACGAUAAUGUAAAGAAUUUAAUGUCCAUUCUACAAGGCUUUUCCACUCCAGACUGUAAAGUAAUAUUGAACGAUAGAAUAUAUGGCAAAUGGUACAGUGUUCGAAAGAUGGUUCUUCUAAAAGCUUUACUUUUUUAUGGCUACUUUAGCCUCCACGAGAGAUUAUCAUACGAAUUUAAAUUAUACGAAUUGCAGAAUUUCCCCCUCAGUGAAGAUAAUAAUGAUACAUUCGAAACAGUGGUGACGAGAUGCAUGCAGAGGGCACACUUCAAUGAAUUCGGUAAUUUACUCUUGGCCCAAUACAUAUAUGAUAAUUACCACGAAGGAAAUCAGUAUACGAGUAUAUUCAUAAAUUUCUACGCUGUAAACGAUACUGUGUAUUAUAUAGACACGAAUAAGGUAACUAAUAUGAUGAGACGAUAUAUAAAACAAAGCCUUAGCAAAAUUGACUUCAAAACUGCAGACAAUUUUCUACACUAUAUGAAGAGAAAAGAAUUGUCCACGUAUAUGGACAUGGUCGAAUUGACUCCAGUAAAAAUGGACAAAUCAAAUUAUCUGGACCUGCACGAACAUAAUGUCCCUCUCAUAAAUUCCUUCGUCAUAAAAAUAGAUAAAUUUGUAAUCAAAGAUAUGAACAUAAAUUUGGCCGUUCUUCUAAAUAACGCCUUUUGGGGGGUGAAAAAUAAGUGUAAGUGCGUCAACUAUACUCAUCUGCAUGUAAGAAACAGAAAAAGUGAUUUACCAAAGGGACAUAUAAGUGGAGAGAAAAUGAUAGAUUUGCACAAACCUGUGGGUACUUUAUUAAGAGAAAUGAUUCCAAACAAUAUUAAUAUGGAAAGGGAUAAUAAUCCAAAUGAUCUUUUGUCCUGGCGUACAUUCAAAGAGAACAAGAUCCACCUAGAUGUUGUUCUUCGAAAUAGUUUACACUUAAUAGAGAGAAGAACACUGAUAGCAUGCUCGAAAGGCCUAAAUAAAGUCGCACCUGUAUACUCCCCUAAUAUUACAAAUGAUCACGAAAACGAAAUGAUGAAAAUUAAAGUGGGACUGGGAUCAUCAAAAUAUUUCUAUUUAUCUUUUAAUAUAUCUUUACUUAGAUCAGAAGAAAUAACCUUGAAAAAUGUAAUUUAUUUUAUAUACAAAAAUUAUAAGUCGCAACUGGACAGAAAUGUCACAUAUAGCCAUGUAGGACGAAAGAACAAGCGUAGGAAUUUCAACUGCCUUAUGGUAAAUGAACAGAACACUUUUUUUUACAAUAACGUCACAGGUAAUUUCAUCAAAGAAAUUUCCCUUAAUAAAGUCAUCUCCGCUUUGUACAAUGUUGACCUCAUGGAGCCCUCUUAUGUUAUUAAGGCUGCACUUAAUUAUUACAACAAUAGAGCGAAAAAUUCCAUCUUGUUUAGCCUGGUAACUAUUUGUAAUUCCGUUCGUGAGAGGAGGAACGGGCGUAAUGCCAGGAAGUCAGAGUUCGUUUUGGAAUCGGCGCCCGGAGUAUAUUCGGGGGGGGAGGGACAAACUGGGAACGGAGAAGAGGUACAAGUGGAACAGACAAACGUGGAACGGACAAACGUGGAACGGACAAACAUGGAACGGACAAACGUGGAACGAAUAAAUGAGGAACAUACACAGGACGAAAUUACAAUUGUCAAACCGCCAACUGAUGAAUCCACGAAUAAUGAAUCCAUUAAUAAUGAAUCCAUUAAUAAUGAAUCCACGAAUAAUGAAUCCACGAAUGUUGAACCCACGAAUGAUGAACCGCCAACUGAUGAACCGCCAACUGGUGAACCGCCAACUGGUGAACCGCCAACUGAUGAACCGCCAACUGGUGAACCGCCAACUGGUGAACCGCCAACUGAUGACUCCCCAUUUAUGCCCUCUGAAAAAGAAUUGUCCUUUCUGCAAAGGCAAAAAAAUGUCAUAAAGACAAUCGAUAAAAAUGGUGCCUAUCACUACGGCACCGCGGAGUGCCUGCACUUCUUACACAAAAAGGUCAUCAAUUUUUUCCAUGACAGUAAUAUGACAAAUGCUUUCGAUCAGAUAACCAUUCCAUCGGAGUACAAAUAUAUAAAUAAAAAGAAGAGAUUGAAAAAUGGCACCUUCCAGUAUAGUACAAGAACAAUCAACUUUAAUAUCAUUUCCAAUGUGAUGAAUUUGCAACGAUAUGAAAAGGAAUUGUACACCCUGGCCGAUUUUAUCAAUUUAAUUAUACAAUGGUUGGUGAAACAGGGACCCUUCGAUAUAAAAAAUAAAUGCAACUUUUUAUCUUGUAGUACCCACAAUUCACAUUUUGGUAUGGUUUUAAGCAUAACCACAGAAAAGGGAGUUAAGCAUAUUCUAUACAAAAAUGAUGAAGGUCUGAUGAAAUUUCUCUUUUAUAAUAUAUUGAAAGAUCGUGAAUCAAGACAGUAUAUCCCCGAGCUUAUAGCAUCUGCAAUUAAGUUAUACAAUUUGAAGGUAACAUUUUUUUUAAGGGAUGAAAUUGGCGGUAUAUUUCCAGACCUCCAAAGUUUGCUUAACCUUCCGGAAGAGACCCCCCCCCUCCCCCCAUUUACUGACUGCUUAAAACAGCUAAAGGGGAAAAAUGUGACCCUGUAUGGGGAUGAGGAAAGCCAAGCAAUGUACGUCUCCUUCAUAUUAGAAUUUGUAAAUAAAAACAUUAUGUACAGAAUAUCCAAGGAUAUGUUUAACAAAAUAAUAUACCACUUUAAUAACCAGGAAGUGAACAAGAAUGAGGGAGGGAAUUUACGAAAAGAUGUUUUGUCGUCUAUCCCCGAAAUUGAAGACAAAUUUCGGCAUGUGUUUUUAAGCGAGCUAAGUUACUAUGUCAACAUCUCCACUGAGUUAAAAAAAAGAAACAAAUCAUUUUCGGUUACCAUGAAUCCAAAAUUUUACGAAAUAUUAAGUCAGAAAUGUAACGAAUAUGAAGGAAACUGCUUCUACCAUGUUCAGGAGAUCAUUAGCAACGUCAAUGGAACAUUUACAGAACCCGUUUUUGUUGUUAAAAAUGUGAUGAACCUUUUCCUGAGAAGAAGAAUCCUUGCUGUUUUAAGCAGAAUAAAAAAUAGCAUAGUUAGUUAG